AUGUCAUUUUGAGGCUUGUGCAAUUCCAGUAGGCAAGUCCAUAUUUUAACCAUUGGCCUCGAAUACUGUGAUAAACACACAGCAGUUCUGCACCGAAAACGCACAGUUUGUCAAAGGAUUUGCGCACAGUGAAAAUUUGAUUUGCAGUCCACUUGACAGAAUGCGACUGUCAUUAAUCCUUCUGUUUCUCCAGCUAUGGGGACAUGUGGAAGUUUCUUUCUCAGAAAAUGUAUGUUCAAGGCUUCCAAAUGUUCCUCACUCCUAUGUGUCAGAAAAUACUAAAAAAGUUGAGUACCACGAAGGAGAUGUGAUACAUUUCACAUGCGAGACUGGUUAUAUAUCUGGUCCAACCAUCAGAUAUAUAUGCACAAAUACUGGCUGGGAGAGUAUCCGUCGGGGAAAAUGCACCUUAAAGCCAUGUGAACUCCCUGAGGACGUUCCCAAUGGCUAUUAUGAAAUUAUCCACGGAGAAGAGCUCGUUUUUGGAACAGCUAUCAAAUACUUUUGCAAUUCAGGGUAUACAAUGGGAGAUCGCGAUGGCAGUCGAACUUGUCAGUUGGACGGAUGGAGUAGUACUGUGCCAGUAUGUGAAACUGCCGAGGGUUGUGAGAAACCACCAAAUCUUUCAAAUGGAGAGCCCAAGGAAAGUUCCAGACUGGAGUACAGCCAUAAUGAAAGGGUUGAGUACAUCUGCCAGGAUUACUACAGAAUGGAGGGUGGGCCGUACAAAACCUGUGUAAAUGGUCAAUGGACUGGAGAGAUGAGAUGCCUCAGAAUCCCUUGUGCAGUUGGCGUAAUGGACCCUAAUCUGCAGGUAACUGGAUUACCUCAAGGGAAUGAAGCGAUAAAGACUGGGGACACAUUACAUUUUCGUUGUGCUGAUCAGUAUAAACUGGAAGGUUCUGAAGUAAUCGAGUGUUUAGAAACUGGGUACUGGAAUGCUUCCUUUCCAUCCUGCUCUGAUCACUGCAAAGUCACAAGAAUAUCAGACAGUGUAAGAAUGACAUCACACAUACAAGGCAAUGAGCUAAAGAAAGGACAAAAGCUAACCUUUACUUGCCUUAGACGUAACCACUUUAUGCAAGGCAAUAAAACAGUUGAAUGUUUGGCAAAUGGACAGUGGAGCGAUCCGUUUCCAACAUGCGGAGAUCCUGUGGGUUGUGAGAAACCACCAUUACUCUCAGAUGGAGACACCAAAACCAGUACUAAAAGGCAAUACAGCCAUGGAGAAAGUGUUGAGUAUAUCUGUCAAAAUUACUACAUAAUGGAAGGCACACCAUAUAAAACCUGUAAAAAUGGUAAAUGGACUGGACAGAUGAGAUGCCUCAAACCCUGCACUGUAAAUAGAGAAGACAUGAGAAAACACAAUAUUCAAUUCAGAUAUGUCAGCGAUGAUAAGCUGUAUUCACAACAUAAUGAUGUAAUUGAGUUCAGAUGUACCAGGGGAAGACCUGUUGGCAGUUCGGGAAUGCGUCAGAAGUGCAUUGAAGGCGUAAUGCAUCUGCCCACAUGCCAGACUUUAAGAAGAGUGCCGUAUACACUGCAUGUGGUCAUCACAGUGUGUUCAGAGCUCCCAAAUGUUCCUCACGCUCACGUGUCAGAAGGAACCAGCAAAGCUGUGUACCAGGAAGGAGAUGUGAUACAUUUUUCUUGCGAAUCUGGUUACAUAUCAGAUCAAAUCUCGAAAUUUGUAUGCACAACUGAUGGUUGGCUGGUGGUCCGUCAGGGGAAGUGCUACUCAUGUUCAACGCUUCCAGAUGUUCCCCAUGCCCAAGUAACACAAGAGACAAGAAAAUCUCAGUAUCAAGCAGGACACAUGAUACAUUUCGCUUGCGAACCUGGCUAUACAUCAGCUCUCACCAUCAAAUAUGUAUGUGCGACUGAGGGCUGGCAGCCACUCCACAAGGGAUCGUGCUACCUUUCAUCUUCCAGAUGUGACCCUCCUCCUACACUUCAAGGGUUAACAGUGAAAGGUUUACCAGAAAAUUCUAUUCCCAUACCUCCCGAUCACAUCCUCACAUUCAGCUGUGAUGGUCCUGGGAAGUAUCUGAAUGGCGUUUCUGUGCUGAUAUGUGGACAAGAUGGACAAUGGAAUAAUCCAUUCCCGACUUGCGUAGAUCGAUCUUGUAAAGUCGGUGUUAUGCAUCCUCAUCUCUACGUAGCUGGAUUACCACCAUCAAAUGAAAUAAUGGCGACUGGACAUAAGUUGCGUUUUCUUUGCAGCAAUACACAUGUACUAAAAGGGUCUAGAGAAAUUGAGUGUUUAGAAAACGGACAAUGGAAUUCCCCCUUUCCUACUUGCUCUGGUGACCAGGGUUGUGGGAGGCCACCGCCUCUUUCAGACGGAGACACCAAAACAAGUACUAAACGGCAGUACCAACAUAAUGAAAGGGUUGAAUAUAUCUGUCAGAAUUACUACGCCAUGGAUGGUGGACCGUUCAAAACCUGUGUGGAUGGUGAAUGGAUUGGAGAGAUUAGAUGCCUCCAACCCUGCGUUGUGAAUAGAGAAGACCUGAACAGACAUAAUAUUUGGUUCAAAUAUACGACAGAUGAUAAACUCUAUACAGAACAUCAUGAUGCAAUCGAGUUCAUUUGUGCCAGAGGACACAGACAUGUUGGGACUCUGGGAAUGCGUCAGAGGUGUGAAAAUGGUGUGAUAAAUUUGCCAACUUGCCAGUAAGGAGCUUUUGAUGUAAUACGUUAGUUAAACAUGAGUACACCAAUGUGUAAAUAAUUAACCAGAGUGAAGUAAUAGUGCUGUUGUAAUCAUUUUAAUAAAAACAUAUAAGCUAA